CCCAAAGAUCCAUGUAUUGAGAUUUGAGAGAAGUAGAGAGCUUUUGCUACAGAGAUAUCAAAUGAGGAAUCAGGAACGAAGAGCAAGUAAGAGGUUGGAGGCGAAGAUGGAGGAGCUGCAGUCAGAGAUGGAGGCCCUUAACGAGGAACAAUCAAUAUUAAGACAAGGACAAAGGGAAAUGAAACAACACUUCGAAAAGAUUAAAGCGGAGUGUGCACAGCUGAGACAGGAGACCAGCCUCCUUCUCCAGCAAAAUCUAGGCUCCCAGCUUCGCCUUCUAACUGGUAAACGUGGUUCUAUCUAAGUAACAUCUUGCAAAUUAAUUACAGGCCAUGGCUUUGAGGGGCCUGUAAUUAAGUAAUUUUUAAUUUUGAACAUUAAAAGUAAUUUUUGGAGAACGAAAAGUAAGGAGAAUCUUGAGUGAUUAGUAAUUUUUAAUUUUGAACAUUCUCUUUGCUAAAAAAAACUUCAAUGAAAGACACUUCCGAGGGGAAUGGAAGUUUGGAUUUGAGGGACCGGUGUUUCCCAGAUCCACAUCUGAUAAGAAACCCUGUUUUCCGAAACCAUGAGCACCGACUCGUAGAGAGCCUCCGUUGGUGUGUCGCAAAUGAGUUGUAUUUAUGGAGGGGAAAACCAGGUGGAGAAGAGCGAUGCAGAACGAUUGAUCUUCAUUCUAUCGACAAAGGUAGUCAACAUCAGGCAUUUUACUUUAAAAUCGUGCGAAGACUUGUAUAUGGCGAGAGAAAUAGAGGCGCGCGACCCGAUAAUCUUGAUGAGGUUGGCCUAUCAAUUCACUAUUUGCAAACACCGCUCUCAAGAAGAUGGAAGCCAAGGUAAAGGAAGAAAAAGAAGAGACAAGUCUCAUGAAGAACAAUCUGGCAGAGACGAAAGCGAUGAUGGAAGAGAUGGAAUCAAUGCUUAACCAACUG